UCAUUCAGUUAGUGAAAAAUUUGCCUGCUUUCACUUUAAGGCAAUUUUCUUAUUCAGAGUAUUUUCUCCCCCCUCAAAAAAAAAAAAAUUCUGAGGACUUUUUCCUCCAAAGAGUUCAAGCUAGUGUACAUAGGAGCUACCCCCCUUUUAUCCUCACAACAACCCUGUGAGGUAGGUUAGGCUAAAAAGUGAGAAUGACUCCCUGCCUCCAAGUCACUCAACAGAGCUUCAUGGCUAGGCAAGGAUCUGAAAUCUUGCCUUCUGUGAAUAUACACCCCACCAGCCUGCCCUCUGUCAUCAAAAUGUGAAACCACAUAGAAUAGACACAACACUUUCCAUCUCCUGAGAGUCUCUUUGCAUAGCCCAAAGGGUAAAAACAAUUUCUCUCUCUAAUUGCUGUUCAGCGCUUUGAUCAUAGAUAUUCCCCACGCUGCCUGGCUGCUCUCAUAGCCCAGACUCUUGAAGCCUUAUAGUCCUAUAGGAAGGAGAAAGACGUCCCUGCUCUCCCCGAUGACAACCCCAGGCUUCUACAUUUCCACGUCUCCAUGAGCCUCCUAGCACAGCAUUCACAGCCCCCUAAGAGAAAGUGGCCUUUCCUAGUACCAUAGACGCACACAGCACAGACACAUAAAGUUGCACAGCCCUAUGAGGUCCUGUUGAAAGGACACUCUCCCUGCUCCCAAACAUCGUAGGGCUCUCUUGUAGAACUUCACGACCCCAUAGAGUCCACGGAGUGGCCACGGACUGCUCUGUAUCCAAGCCUGGUAGCACAGAUGUUCUUUGCAUCUCUUUGAAGCCUCGCAGCCCAGUAAAGUCCUAUAGAAUGGACGCAUGUACUUCACCUCCUCUCCUAUAUUAUUUAUGGCACAAAUGCAUCUCCAUAGAGCCUCACAGCACAAGCGCAUUGUACCACCCCACAGAAUGGGCCCAUGUUACAAAUGUUUCCCGUUGCCUCCUGCAAAUGUUGCCACUGAUAUCACAGGAGAGUCCCGUAGAACAAUGCCUUCCCCUUCCCCCCAAAUAUAUACAGAUCAUAGCACAGGCUGUUGUGUUUUAAAUUGUUUUUAAAAGAUGUGUUUUAAAUUUGUAUAUUUGUUUUUAAUGUUUUUAGUUACUGUAAACCGCCCAGAGAGCUUCGGUAUACAAAUAAAAUAAAAUAAGUAAAAGAGCCCCACUGUUCCCAUAAAGCCCCCAUGUAACAGAUAAGUGUAGAGCAGGUCUCCCCACCCAUUACACAGAUACUUCUCAAAGUUCCAGAAUUUAACAUUCUUCCUACCGGGCUGGGUAGGUGGGUGAGGGAUCCAUGUGGGCCUAUAUAAGAAGUUUUUUCAGCCCUGGAGUACUGUGGAACAGAUGCUAAUUCCGAUGAAUAGGGAAGAGGCUUGGGGAGAGGAAAGAGAGAAUAAUGCAGUCUUAACCACUUCUACUCAGAAGAAGUCUCACUGAAUUCAAAGUGGCUUACUCUCAGACCCCUCUGAAUCAGGCAUCAUCUGGUGCUUCCUUUGGCUUCUCGGUGUUUAAUUUAAUGAAUGCUAUCAUGGGCAGUGGGAUACUUGGAUUGGCAUAUGCCAUGGCCAAGACAGGAAUCAUUGGAUUUAGUGUGUUGCUGCUGAUUGUUGCCGUCCUUGCAUCUUAUUCUGUUUUUCUGCUGCUUAGUAUGUGCAUUCAUACUGCUGUUACUUCCUAUGAAGAUCUUGGUCUCUUUGCAUUUGGCUCACCAGGAAAGGUUCUUGUGGGCAGCACAAUCAUUAUACAGAACAUGGGAGCCAUGUCAACUUAUCUUCUCAUUAUUAAGUCUGAACUUCCUGGUGCCAUUGCAGGAUUCCUGAGUGGAGACCACAAUAGCUCCUGGUAUCUUGAUGGGAGAUUGCUGCUGCUGAUUACCUCAGUUUGUAUUGUCUUCCCUCUAUCACUUCUUCCUAAAAUUGGCUUUCUUGGCUACACAAGUAGUUUAUCAUUUUUCUUUAUGGUGUACUUUGCUCUUGUGAUCGUAAUUAAAAAAUGGUCCAUUCCUUGUCCUUUGCCACUAAACUUUGCUGUAGGGUUCUUCCAGGUUUCAAAUUCUACGGGAGACUGUAAAGCAGCACUCUUUAAUUUCUCCAAAGAGAGUGCAUAUGCCAUUCCAACUAUGGCUUUCUCAUUUCUCUGCCAUACAUCAGUAUUGCCAAUUUAUUGCGAGCUCCAAAGUCCAUCCAAAAGCAGGAUGCAGAAGGUAGUGAACACCGGAAUUAGUCUAAGCUUUCUGGUUUAUUUUGUGUCUGCGCUGUUUGGAUACCUCACUUUUUAUGACCAUGUGGACUCAGAAUUGCUGCAAGGAUACAGCACAUAUCUGCCCCGUGACACUGUCAUCAUGACUGUAAAGCUGGGCAUUCUGUUUGCGGUGUUGCUGACAGUGCCCCUAAUCCACUUCCCUGCAAGGAAGGCUGUUACGAUGGUCUUUUUUUCUCAUCUUCCUUUCUCCUUGAUCCAUCACAUUCUCAUCACUUUAGUGCUCAAUGCAACUGUUGUCUUGAUUGCAAUGUAUGUCCCUGACAUCAGACACCUUUUUGGAGUAGUUGGUUCAACCACAUCAACCUGCUUGCUUUUUGUAUACCCUGGGCUGUUUUAUCUUAAGAUUAGCACAGAGGAUUUCAUAUCACCGCAGAAGCUUGGGGCAUGUGCACUGCUAGUUUUUGGCCUCUUCUUUGGUCUUGUCAGUUUAGCACUAAUCAUUUAUGAUUGGAUUCAUCAGUGAAAGAAUUCCUGCUUUCUUCACUUGUGAGCAGCAACCCAAAUGAACAUUUCCAGCAACGUCUAAAGUAAAAUUACACCAUCAAACGUUGGAAAGAGACUUCCUGGAGCUUUGGACCCCAUCACAAACUAUACUGCAAAUCACUUUUCAUUUGCCAAAUUAGUCCUUGUCCUUCUGCAAAGUCAGGCUGGAGCGAGACAGGAUGAGCAUUUCCACAUCUCCUCCUCUCUCCCACAUUGUCAUCAUGUUCACAUUUUGCUCUGCCCUGCACACACUGUCAAUGAAGUCAAGUGAGGAAACUCAGGACACAGUGACAUCACGUUAACAUUGCCUUGUUCCAGUCUUAGAUACCACAAUGGGGUUGAAUAGAGAUUGCAAUGUGAAGAAAAUCAUUUGUGAACUGUCCUUUGCAGAUUAGUGAAUAAUCACGCGUCUAGUAUCCAAAUGUGGAAGGGUUAUGGCUGAAAUCCAGGAAAACAGGUGGUCUGCCUGUUGAACAUCCAUUGAAAAUGGCUGAAAUCUUUCUACACCUGUUACUGUCAGUUUUGCAGAAACAGCUUGGAAGCUUCUCCAGGAUCCUUACAGAGUGCUUGGAUCGGCAAACUAAAACCAGGCUCAAUCUAGGUUUGAUUAAAGCAUGCCAUCCAAGGCAAUUUACAGCUUAACAGAGGAGUAAAAAUGAAGGCAAGAUUUCCCUACCUGCCAAUGUGUCCUGGAUUUGUAAUUGAACUGUAAAAUAUGUAUAGUUUUAUACUUCAACACAGUAAAAGAUAAAGAUGAUGGGGUUAAUGUAAAAUAAAACUCUUUUCCUUUCA